GCUCAAUAUUAUUGUGUUGCAUUUCACCAUAUUAAUAUACACAUAAAAAAAACAACAACAUAGUCUCUGUUUCAUUUUGGUUUUGUUAGUAUUCAAAUCAAUCAUCUUUAUUUUCCAAAUGGGAGGUUCUUCACCUUGUGCUUCCUGCAAAUUGUUGAGACGGCGUUGUGCACAAGAAUGCAUUUUUGCCCCUUAUUUUCCUUCUGAAGACCCACGCAAGUUUGCCAUUGUUCAUAAGGUUUUCGGUGCUAGCAAUGUCAGUAAAAUGUUGCAGGAGCUACCAAUUCAUCAAAGAUCAGAAGCAGUAAACAGUUUAGUUUACGAAGCAAAUGCAAGAGUUAGAGACCCUGUUUAUGGAUGUGUUGGAGCCAUAUCAUACCUUCAAAAUCAAGUUACACAAUUACAAAUGCAACUUGCAGUGGCUCAAGCAGAGAUCCUAUGCAUUCAGAUGCAACAAGACCCAGUUUCUGUUACAAGCUCAUUACCCACAUAUGUUGAUCAAGAUGACAAAUUGAUGCUCCUAUCUGAAAAUAGUAAUUGUUAUGAGCCUCAUCUUCUUCCACAAUAUCCUAACUUUCCUUCUUCUUCUUCCUCAUCUUCCAAUGUCUUCCAAGACUAUGAGCCUCUUAAGAGAGAAUCUUUUUGGACUUAAAUUUCACAAACUAAUAUUUCAAUCAAAGUUAACUCUUUUGUUUCACAUAUCUAUGUCUAAUCAGAAUAUUGCUUCUAUUUUUUCA